UGUAGCUGGAAGCGAAAACAGCCAGUGGGUGGGCUGGGCUGGGCUGUGGUCCCUUCUUUUAGUGGUUUUACAUCGAAAAUACGAUUAUUUAAUACUCGUGUACGAAUGUGCAGGCUUAACAGCAUGAGUUAGAAACUGCGCUGCGUGUGCGCCAGGUAGUGCACUGAAACAUGGGUCGUUGCAGUGUCCAUGUCCUGCUGCUGCUCUCGCUGCAGACUCUGUCGAUAUCAGCUGAGGGUCCAGAUGGACAGCUGCAGUGUGCAUGUGAAGGUCCUAAAUGCCUCCACCCCACCCGGUGCCAAGGUACCCAGUGCUUCUCUUCGGUCAAAGUUAGUAAGAGUGGAGUUUUUUUUGAGCGUGGCUGUUUGGACGAGCCGGACCAAAUCCUUCUCCAGUGCUUCACAGCUACGUCCUACCACCAGGCUAUUCAGUGCUGCUCCCAGGACAGGUGCAACAGCAAUACCACCAGGGAAUAUCUGAUGUCUCUGCUACCAUCAGCCCCAGAAGGUGAGCCAGUCCGAUAUCGUGUGGAGACAUUAGCUCUCUUCGUACUUGGCCCAGUGGUCGUUCUGGCUCUGCUGUCUGUAGUAUCUGUGCUGGCUUGCAGAAGGCUCCAUCAUGGACGUCUGCAGAGACUGCAGGAGUUUGACGCUGAGCAGGGAGCCAUAGACGGUCUCAUCACUUCCAAUGUCGGAGACAGCACUUUAGCGGACCUGUUGGAUCAUUCAUGUACGUCAGGCAGUGGUUCAGGUCUUCCCUUCCUUGUUCAGAGAACUGUGGCACGGCAGAUUAGUCUGAUGGAGUGCGUAGGCAAAGGACGAUAUGGAGAGGUGUGGCGAGGACAGUGGCAGGGCGAGAAUGUGGCUGUGAAAAUCUUUUCCUCGAGAGAUGAGAAGUCUUGGUUCAGAGAGACAGAGAUCUACAAUACAGUGCUGCUAAGGCAUGAAAACAUACUGGGGUUCAUGGCAUCGGAUAUGACUUCUCGAAACUCCAGCACUCAACUGUGGCUCAUCACCCAUUACCAUGAAAAUGGUUCGCUUUAUGACUACUUGCAGCGAGUCGCAGUGGAGACAUCAGAAGGUCUGGCAAUGGCUGCAUCGAUAGCGUGCGGCCUGGUGCACCUGCACACGGAGAUCUUUGGCACAGAGGGGAAACCGGCCAUCGCACACCGGGACCUGAAGAGUAAAAAUAUCUUGGUGACCAAGGAGCUGCGGUGCUGCAUCGCAGACCUUGGGCUGGCCGUGACCCACUCCCAGGCAGACAAUCUGCUGGAUGUGGGCAACAAUCCAAAGGUUGGCACCAAGCGCUACAUGGCACCUGAAGUGUUGGAAGAAACCAUUCAGACAGACUGCUUCGAUGCUUACAAGCGAGUGGACAUAUGGGCCUUUGGACUGGUGCUGUGGGAGAUAGCGAGACGCACGUACAGCAAUGGCAUUGUUGAAGAGUACAAACCUCCGUUUUACGAUCAGGUGCCAAACGAUCCCAGCUUUGAGGAUAUGAGGAAAGUGGUGUGUGUGGAACAGCAGAGGCCUUUCAUUCCUAAUCGAUGGUUCUCUGAUCCUACUCUCUCUGCUCUGGUGAAACUAAUGAAGGAAUGUUGGUACCAGAACCCCUCUGCCAGGCUUACAGCACUGCGCAUCAAGAAGACCCUAGACAAGAUUCACAGUUCUCUGGAAAAGGGCAAGGAGUCGUGAGAGGGUGCCAUGUUUCAGAGGCAGCUGCCUGGUGUCAGGGAUUGGCUUCAACAAGACUCCCAGUGUUUUGUUAAAAAGAGAGAGGGAUAUUAGGCAGAUGGAAAGAGGACUAGAGGAAAGAGGUGUUCCAAGAGUCAUUCAGCCUCAUCCUUCUCUCACUUUCUCUGCGGAUGCCUUCCACCAACAUGUUUGACUUGAAGCCCACACAGACAUUUGGACCUGUCGUUUCUGAAUAAGCCAGCCUUUGAUAUGAGGCAAACCAGUUGCCAGUGUGUUUCCACCAACUUGAACUAUGGACUGUUACUGAGUGUGACUGGCUGGUAUAUUAUAGUAAUCCCAUCCCAAUGCUUUAAUGCCCAUGCGGGACUACACUGGGUUUUGCCUUCCAGUACAAACACUACAAGACUGAGUGUCUACUCAAAUUUCUGAUCUCCAGCCUUUUGGCAUUCUGCUCAGAGACAAUCAGAAAUCUGUCACCCAUUUAUUACUAUCAGCCAUCACCACAGAAACACAAUGUUCACUUAUAAAAGGAAGAAAGAGCCAAUCGAAUCAAAAUUGUUUUUAAACCUUUUUCUUAAAGAAAAAAAAAACACUAGUAUGUUAUUUAUGUAUUGAAUUUCCAUUGCUACCACACUACUGAAGAUACAGAUUGAUGUGCGAUGGGUGUGUGAAACUGACUGCAUACAUAUAUAGGCAUUUACUCUACUGGACUUCCUCUACACGUCAUCAUUAUUUGGACAGGAAAUGAGUUUUUGAGAAAUAGUGGACAAGGGUAGGUAGGGAAGAAGAUCAAAACACUACAAACAUGUUUAUUCUGGUGGUUUGUGGACUAGAGAAGCAGCAAGUACCUGCCAAUAGGAAGUAGUGUGUAACUUGUGAUAGGGAUAGGAAAUGACCUGAUCCUCUCUGUGUGGCAUACUUUAUAAACUCACUGUGGCUGAUUCUGAAAAAGUCUUCUGCUCAGGCAAGGAGGAAUCACAAAAGGUUUAUUUGUGUUCUAAUGAGCAUUUUAUUUUAAGAGACUGGAGGUGAAAUCUAGUUAUGUACAAGUUGCCUGAAUAAUGGAAAAACAAACACUCCAUCUUCAUUUGGAAAUGUUUAUUGAAGACUUUAAAUUUAAAGUAGCAGGUGUAUGAAGGAUUUUCUUUUCAAAUGCUGGCUUUGUUUUUUGGGGGAAAAAAAGUUGUUUUGCCUUUUUAUAUGUAAUAAAACAUUUACUUCA